AUGGCCAUUCCAUCAAUCCGCAUUGGUCUUCUGGUUGGCAUUGGAGGCGGCAUUCCAUGUCCUAACAGAACUCGCGAUAUCCGGCUGGGCGAUGUCGCAGUCAGUAGCCCUACAGGAAGCAGUGGUGGUGUAGCGCAGUACGACCUGGGAAAGCAGAAGCUCAACACGUAUGAGCGAGUUGGCUUCCUUGCACAGCCACCCAACGUUUUACUUAAAGCAUUAACAGUUGUCAGCGCGAAUCGCAUGGCAGGGAGUUCAAAGUUGUCUAGGAUACUGCUGAGUUUGCAGCGAAUAUUGGGCAAUUCGGCCGAUUUUGCAUAUCCGGGCCAAGAGAAUGACUGGCUUUUCAGCGCCUCAUUCGAACAUCGAGGAGGGAGUGGUUGUGAUGAAUGCCAGAUUUCUGGUGGUCCGAACAUGGCAAACCAAAACACAAGGCUUUCAAACCAGCCAGAAGUUCACUACGGAAUAAUUGCAUCCGGAAACACAGUCAUGAAGAAUGCGAAGCACAGGGAUGAACUUGCCAUCGCGCUCAAAGACAGGACCGGAGGAGACUGCAUCUGCUAUGAGAUGGAAGCCGCUGGCGUGAUGAACGAUUUCCCCUGUCUCGUUAUUCGAGGCGUUAGCAAUUAUGCCGAUUCUCAUAAGAAUGACAGAUGGCAAAAUUAUGCUGCUAUGACUGCAGUCGCUUAUGCAAAGGAAGUGCUUAGUGUGGUUCCAGUUAGACGAGCAAAAGGAAAGAAGGCUGUGCAGGUUAAUAAUGGCCCUGGUUCUAGCUUGAAUAGGAUGCACAACGAGAACCAUAAGCACAUUCAGCACUGGCUGAGCCCUCCAGAUCCCUCAGUAACUCACAAUAAGGCACUGAGACAACGCCAUAAAGACUCGGGGCGCUGGCUCUUCUACGAUAAUGUCUUCAUCAAAUGGAGGACCAAAUCUAAUUCAUUCCUGUGGCUACAUGGCAUCCCUGGCUGCGGCAAGACAAUUCUCAGCUCCACAAUAAUCGAAGACCUCAGUGACAAUAUCACCCAAUCCCGGAUCAUCUUUUUCUAUUUCGACUUCAAUGACAUCAAUAAACAAACCGUCCACGGUAUGAUUCGCUCAUUAGUCACUCAGCUUUAUAUGAAGCAGAUAAAAGCUCGCAGCCCACUGGAUUCGCUUUUCUCCUCGUGUGACAAUGGGAAGCGACAGCCUACUACCGAAAAUUUAUGCGCGGCUUUUCUCCAAAUGUUAGAGACAGUUGACGAAAUAUGGAUCGUACUGGACGCUCUUGAUGAAUGUCAGACACGAAAGGGCCCCCGGACCGAAAGGCUAUUGUCAUGGAUUCAGGACCUGAUGACCUCUAAGCCUUCCAAUAUCCACCUUCUUGUAACGAGCCGCCAAUUGGAAGACAUUGAGCCGGCGUUGAUGAGGUGGGCACCUGCAGAAUCCAAUCAUUCCAUUAAACGAGAUGAAGUCGACGAUGAUAUACGUAGGUACAUUCACUCACAGAUCUAUGAAGAUGAUGACCUCCAAAGAUGGCGAUCGCGACCAGACGUACAACAGGAGAUUGAGACAAGUCUUCUAGAAAAGGCUGAUGGAAUGUGAGCCAUUGAUUGGUUAGCUUAUCUAGCCUGAUCAAAUACUAACUGACAUACCACAUAGGUUUCGAUGGGUCGCGUGCCAGAUCGACGCUCUAAGAGAUUGCCUGGAUUACCGCAGUCUUACAAACGCACUCAUGUCUCUAUCGGAGUCAUUGUGCGAUACUUACGCCCGAAUUCUCGUUGAUAUCCCUCGUACGCACCGAGAAACUGCCAUAAGACUUCUACAGUUCUUGGCUUUUGCUGAGCGACCUCUGCGGAUAGAAGAAGCUGUUGAUGUAAUAGCGGUGGACCUUGAAAGAGACACAGCGUUUGAUCCUAGAAACAGAAUGCCCGAGCCCAGAGAGAUUUUACGAUACUGUCCCGGCCUAGUGAUGAUAGUACCCCAAAAAGGUGAACCAGACGAGAGCGCCGUGACGUCAAUACAGCUAGCGCAUGCCUCGGUGAAAGACUAUUUACUCUCUGAACUCCUCCCCCAGGAGUUCAGGCCGCGUUUUCGAGAGAUCAUUGCUCACGCAUC